AUGGCGGCCCAAAAACCAGAGGAACGUGGCGAGUCGUCCACAGCUGCCUCCAAGGCAGCUCAGUCGUCUCCUUCCAACUCAACAUCUUAUGAACUUCCUUGGGUGGAAAAGUAUCGCCCAAUCUUCCUCGACGAUGUCGUGGGCAACACAGAGACGAUCGAGCGACUCAAGAUUAUCGCCAAGGAGGGCAAUAUGCCACACGUCAUUAUCUCGGGAAUGCCUGGGAUCGGAAAGACGACCAGUGUGCUGUGUCUAGCUCGACAGAUGCUGGGAGAUUCGUACAAAGAAGCUGUGCUGGAGCUUAAUGCCAGUGACGAGCGAGGUAUCGAUGUGGUGCGAAACCGAAUCAAGGGAUUCGCGCAGAAGAAGGUCACUCUACCUCCCGGCCGCCAAAAGCUGAUCAUUCUCGACGAGGCCGACAGCAUGACAUCUGGCGCCCAGCAAGCCCUCCGACGAACGAUGGAGAUCUAUUCCAACACCACCAGAUUUGCAUUCGCCUGCAAUCAGUCGAACAAAAUCAUUGAGCCCCUGCAGUCGAGAUGCGCCAUUCUACGAUAUGCCAAGCUGACCGACGCCCAAGUCGUGAAGCGUUUGAUGCAAAUCAUCGAGGCAGAAAAGGUCGAAUUCAGCGAUGACGGUCUGGCAGCAUUGGUUUUCAGCGCGGAGGGAGAUAUGCGACAGGCUAUCAACAACCUGCAGUCCACAUUUGCCGGUUUUGGAUUCGUGUCGGGAGACAAUGUCUUCAAGGUAGUCGACUCACCACACCCGAUCAAGGUGCAGGCGAUGCUGAAGGCGUGUUACGAGGGCAACGUGGACUCGGCACUGGACACGCUACGGGAGUUGUGGGAUCUCGGAUAUUCGAGCCACGACAUCAUCAGCACCAUGUUCAAGGUCACCAAGACGAUUCCCACACUCAGUGAGCACUCGAAACUGGAGUUCAUCAAGGAGAUUGGCUUCACGCACAUGAAGGUGCUAGAGGGUGUGCAGACCUUGCUCCAGCUCAGCGGGUGUGUUGUGCGGCUUUGCAAGAUCAACAUGGACCCGAAACGAUUCCGAGUAGCCUCCAAGUAA